CCAGCCAUGUCUCCGCGACAUGACCCCUGACGCGGGUGGCCGGCCCCGACAGAACCGCGGCUGCCCCGUCUGGCCCCAGCCCCAUGGCCGCCACCCGCGGGAAGCUGGCGCUACUGGCCGGCCUGUACCUGGUGCAGGGGCUGCCCUACGGGCUGCAGUCCAGCCUGCUGCCGGUGCUGCUGCGGGCCCGGGGCUUCUCUCUGACCCGCGUGGGGCUGACCAAGCUGCUGUACGCGCCCUGGCUGUUCAAGCUGCUGUGGGCUCCUCUGGUGGACACGCGUGGCACCCCGCGGGCCUGGCUGGCCCUCAGCACGGCUGGCCUGGGCCUGGUGUGCGGGCUCCUGGCCGCCCUGCCCCCGGCCGGAACCGGCCCCGGUCCCGGCCCCGCGGGGACCUGGGCCCUCCUGGCAGCGCUGCUGCUGCUGAACCUGGGGGUCGCCGUGCAGGACGUGGCGCUGGACACGCUGGCCAUGAGGCUGCUGGACCCUGCCGAGCUGGGGCCUGGCAACACGAUGCAGGUGGUGGCCUACAAGCUGGGCUCCGUGCUGGCCGGGGGCGGACUGCUGGCCCUGGUGCCUACCCUGUCCUGGCCGCUGCUCUUCCUACUCCUGGCUGCCGCCUACGGGCUGGCCGCCACACUUGCCUGGGCUGCUCCCGCCCUACGGACACUGGGCAGCGCCAGACCCUCGGGACCAGCGCGCCGCCCCCUGAGGCACCUGCAGGAGGUGCUGGGCGUGCCCGGGACCCUGUGGAUGGCGGGCUUCGUGCUCACCUACAAGCUGGGUGAGCAGGGAGCCAGCAGCCUGUUCCCACUGCUCCUGCUGGACCGAGGCCUCUCCGCCCCCGAGCUGGGGCUGUGGAACGGGGUGGGUGCCGUGGUCUGCUCCAUCACCGGCUCGUCGCUGGGAGGCGCCCUGCUGGCCAGGCAAUGGCAGCCUCUGCUCCUGCUGAAGCUGGUGCUGAGCAUCCGCCUCGGAGGCCUGGCCUGCCAGACAGCUCUGCUCUUGCACUUGGACGUGCCAGGGGGAGCGCUAGGCCGUAGUACAGGCCUGAAAGGGGCAGCCCUGCUGAGCCUGUGCCUGCAACAUUUCCUGGGGGGCCUGGUCACCACCGUUGUCUUCACCCUGAUGAUGCACUGUAGCCAGAGGGCGCCCAAAGCCCUGCAGGCCACGCAUUACAGCCUCUUGGCCACCUUGGAGCUGCUAGGGAAGCUGCUGCUGGCCGCACUGGCGGGGGCCCUGGCUGACCGAAUGGGCCUCCAGCUCUGCUUCUCCUCCUUCGUCGCCCUCACAGCUGCACCCCUGCUGCUCCUGGGCAUGGUCCCCAACACUCUGGCAUGAGCCAAGUCGCUGGGCUGGUCAAUAAAGCUGGGCCUGCCAGUCCCUGCUGCCCUCAGCCUGGGGUGGGUCCC